UCGAAAAACGCCUCGCGACGACAUUUAAAUUUCCCGCUGCCGUGCGGUCCGUGCGCGCGAUAGGAGCGUGCCGGAGAAGAAAGACGCCAGUUAGGUCGCGCUAACGUUGUGCCGCCGAGUUCACACAAUAUGCGGGAGCAGAACAGAAGCCGAAACGUAACUCCCGACUUUUUAUUCGGCACCUUCGUCUCCUCGACACCCGCAGUAUGUAAAAUUAAGCGGCACGCUGCUAACUGCAAAGGCUAAGGCCAACAACUGGCUUUUAUUUUGACUGCGAGAAUGUGGCGCUUCGAAGACUGACAAUACGCCGAUUUGACCAACAAAUGGAGGAUAGCUACUCCAGCACCUUUUUGUGGACAUUACACCGCUGUGGUUCCCUUUAUUGCCUCUUUUUUUAGUAGCCAUGGAUCUUUAAAUUUGUAUUCUUCUUUCCCUUGCGAUUCUCGAUCGCAAGAAGAACAGAGACCAUACCAAGCAGGAUAAAACCUUCUCUGCCUACCUCGACAUAUUGCUACCAGGGAUUUAAAUAAUCACGUGUUACAACAACGGGAACGUAACGAUUUCAUCAAAAUUAAUGUGUCUAGCUGAUUUGUAGUUAAUUCAAUUUGGAGAGCAAAAUGAGUAAGGAAAGGCCGAAGAGAAAUAUCAUUCAAAAGAAAUUUGACGAUAACGACGGAAUACCCUGGUCUGAGGAGCGAGUGGUGCGCAGAGUGCUCUAUCUCUCCCUCAAAGAGUUUAAACGAGCACAGAAGAGCAAAGUUGACAAUGGCACAGGAAUCAUAAACCGGUCCUUUGCAAACGGCCACCUCAAUGGUACGGGAGCUAAAGCAGGCCUGUUCACCAGCGGCUGCAAAGCGGAGAGGCCCCGGCGCGCGGCUCAGAUCAACGGUGGCGCCGGCGAGUACUCAGGAGAAGGGCCUGUACGAAAGAGACCAAGGCUGCAAGCGCAGAGGAAGUUUGCCCAGUCACAACCGAGUUCUCCCAGUGCCACUCCAGUGAAGGUGCUGGAGGCCUCGCCUUCGAGCCCUAACCUUCCUCUCAGUGAUCUCACCAAGUGCAAACCCAAAACAGAGGACUUCCUCACCUUCCUCUGUCUACGAGGUUCUGCUGCGUUGCCCAGCAACAUGAAGUACUUUGGCACUGCUCAGGAUGAUGAAGAUGCAGACGAGGAAGAGGAAGACGAGGAACAGAGGGAGACGGCUGCUGCCAGCGCCCCGGCUUCCUGUCACAUGACUCCGCGCAAGAGCAAAGCCCCGGGCAGAAUCAUUGCCAACGGCCAUGUGUUUAACGGGCAGACCCGGGCAACAGGGGAGCGGGAAAGCAUCCCGAGGGUCCGGGGGAAAGAUGGACACCCAGCAGGGGAGAGGAGCUCCGGCACACCGGCCAGGGCCUCGACCACACACAACCUACGGCCCAGCAAGCCUGCCCUGGAACACAAACCACAGGUGCACCGACCCCAGCGGGCCGCUUCAGCCAACAGCCGGAGGGUGCGGAAGGAAGACCUACCGCCAUCCCCCUUGACCAAAGCUGUGAAAUACCCCAAGGGCCACGUGACGUACACCAAAGCCAGGCUGCUGAAAGAGGCCAAGCUGGAGGUGCGGCCGCAGGGCCGGCCCCUGGGCCCGCCACGCGCCCACGCCCAACUUCAGCACAUCCACUCAGGAAAGGCCCAGGCUGGCCACGGCAGGGCACAAAAGCAGGCGCCUGCCGGUUGCUGCCCAGCCAACGGGAGGCCAAGCGGACCGAACUCGGCCCCGACCAGGCGAGACGGCCUACGCCAGUCCAAGCGGCAGCUGGAGACGGCAGGCGCCGUAACGACUGAGCCUGCUAUGGAGGUGGAGGUCAAAAGGGUUAAAGUGCAGGUUGUUCCCCUGGAUACGCGGAGCAGGAGGGCGGCUCAGGAGACGCCAGCGCCCGACAGCCGCAGUGGGGCGACGGAGCAGCAGGUGGCCCAAUGCCAGAGGCCACGGCGAGCCUCUGCAGGGAAACUCAUGUUCAUGAAACAGAUGCACUGCAUGGCCACGAGACGAGACAGAAGUAGCCCUACUACCUCAGCCCAGCACACCGACAGGGACCCCACAAAACCAGCCACAGUUCCCAAACCAGCCAGGCCUCCCCGGCCCAGUGAUACUGGCACAACCUCCCACCCACCCAGUCCCCUCGACCGCCCCCGCCUAGCAGAACCACCCGUGCCGGCGGAGCCCAGAGUCUCCCAGGACAAGGAGCGGGUGAGGCGCGGUGCGGCCGCGGAGAUGGAGUCGCAGGUGCCCGUGUUCUACCCCGGGCCACGGGAGUUCCACGACCCGCUGCCGUAUGUGGAGAUGGUGCGUGCGCAGGCGCAGCCCUUCGGCAUGUUUGCCGUGGUCCCGCCGGCGGGCUGGCGGCCCGAGUGCAAGCUGAAGGAGGAGCUGCGAUUCGUCUCGCACGUGCAACACGUGCACAAGCUGGGCCGGCGCUGGGGCCCCAACGUGCAGCGGCUUGCCUGCAUCAGGAAACACCUGCGCUCUCAGGGCAUCGACAUGGAGGAGCCGCCAUUAAUCGGGGGCUGUGAGCUGGACCUGGCCCGCUUCUUCCAGCUCCUCAAUGACAUGGGGGGCAUGCAGCAGGUGACGGACAUGAAGACUUGGGGCCGCCUGGCUGACCUGCUGGGCAUCCCGCGCUCGGCCCAGGACAGGCUCGCCAAGCUCCAGGAGGCCUACUGCCAAUACCUGCUCUCUUACGACUCGCUGUCGCCGCUUCAGCAAGCUCGGCUGGAGAGGGAGGUGCUGGCCGAGAAGGAGAGCCUGGAAAGGAGAAGCGGCCCGCUGGAGGGCCAGACGGACGUGUCCCAGCACGCGGCACUGCUGCUCCCCCGCUGCGAGCCAAAAAACGGCCUGGUCAACGGCGCCCUGCACCGGUGCGGCCUGCGCGAGCCAGAACCCCGGGGCGGCCGUAACAGGCGGCAGGAGAAAAAGGGGGAGGAGGGCGGGGUUCUGAACGAGCUCCACAAAUGCAUGUACAAGGGGAAAUCUUUCUCCCUGACAACAUUCUACCGGGCAGCCAGGAACACCAUGAAUAUGUGUUUCAGCAGAGAGCCGGACACAGCCGAAGUGGAGCAAGAGUAUUGGAGGCUGGUAGAGACAAAACAAUGCCAUGUUGCAGUGCAUUGUGGGCGAGUGGACACAAAGACUCAUGGGAGUGGAUUUCCUGUGGGCAAGUCUGAGCCAUUUUCAAAGCAUGGAUGGAAUCUAACAGUCCUUUCCAAUAACUCAGGAUCCGUCUUGCGUCAUUUGGGUGCUGUUCCAGGAGUGACCAUCCCCUGGCUGAAUAUAGGCAUGGUCUUUUCUACCUCAUGUUGGUCCAGGGACCAGAAUAGCCUUCCAUACAUAGAUUAUCUACACACUGGUGCUGAUUGCAUUUGGUACUGUAUUCCUGCUGAGGAGAAGUCAAAACUUGACAAAGUAGUACACACACUGCUGCAGGCUAAUGGGACCCCAGGGCUCGAGAUGCUGGAGAAGAACAUUAUGAUCUCUCCAGAGGUGCUUCGUCAAGAAGGUGUGAAGGUGCACCGGACGGUGCAGCGAAGCGGCCAGUUCGUGGUGUGUUUCCCUGGGGCCUUCGUGUCCAAGGUGUGUUGUGGCUAUAGUGUGUCUGAGACAGUGCAUUUUGCCACACCUGAGUGGAUGACGCUGGGCUAUGAGGCAGCCAAGGACCUGAAGAGGAGGCGUAUAGAGGAGCCCUUCUCCACGGAGAAACUGCUCUGCAAAAUCGUCACGUCGGAAUGCAAACAGGAAAACAAACAUCUUCUGAGCGCAGCUUCCUCUCUUAUCGUAGAUCUCAGGGACACAGAGAUUGGUCAGCGGCAGCAACUUUUCAAGGCUGGACUGCGGCUGUCUGCCCGCUACGGAACACAGCCGGACAACCAGUCUGCCGUCGAGAGGAAGAAAACACCCCGCUCCCGUCUCACCGAGGACACGGCGGACCGGCGGUGCCAGGUGUGCCAGCACCUGUGCUACCUCUCCAUGGUGGUUCAUGAAAGCGAUAACGUGGUGUUCUGUCUGGAAUGUGCCCUGCGAUACAUCCAGAAACGCAGGUCCCCUCGAGGUCUGAAGAUGAUGUUUCGUUACACCGAGGAGCAGCUAAACGGUUUGUUGAAUGGGGUGUGCGGGAAGGCUCUGGAGAGGCCCGGGGACAAGCGGAAAGGGGCCAGUGCCUGCACUCCACCAGCCAAACGAAGCUCCAGAAACAGGAGCUCAAGCCAGGUCUCCCUCUCACGCUUGAAGAACUCAUCCCGGUCAUGACCAAACUGUCAAAAACCAUUCCCCCCCGCCCCCCUUCACGUCAGUUAGUACAGGGCAUUCAGUCACCCUUCAGACGGAAUGUUCCUACUACCUGUGCACCAUCAUGAUUAAAAAUACUAGUACGUCAGAGCUAGUGUGUAGACACGUGCUGCUACAUGGCGCUUUCGUAUUAGGUAUACAUAGUUGCUAGCAAGAGUUGUCACGGCGAUAUGAAUGUAUCGGGGGUGAAAUGUAACACAUCGUGUACACAUGCGCACACGUUACGCCGUACUUAUUGUGUAAAAACUCAGUUGCUAGGGCCAUCUGACAGAAAAGAGACUGGGGAGUCUGAUCACACACGGAAACCUUUUUUGCACUAGUACUGAGAUUUUUUGUUGAGUUUUCUUUUGUUUUGUUUUUUGUAGAGAAUUUUUGCGUUGUUUCGGCGUUCAAUCAAAUAUAAAUACACAUAUACAUAGAUAUGAAUAAUAUAUCCUAUACUGUACUGUUUGUGUUUUAACUGGUGCUGUAGUGUCACAUCUUCCAUCAACCCUCCCUGGCUUCUUUCUCUUGGGCUAACCCACGUGGAAAGUUUUAUGGAACAUCACAGGCCAACAUGGAUGACCAUGCAACCCUGUAAUGUUAGAGGAAUUGUUAUUAGCAACUUAGAAAAGCUGAAGGCUUGUACGUAAUACCUUUAUACCCUGUAGUCAAUCAGUGAGUGUUACCAUGGCUUUGUUUUUACCACACGUUCUGCUGGGCAAUUGAAAGGCAUUCGGAACUUGUCACUAAUUUUCAAAGCACAUUUUGAGGCCUUUUUUCAAACAGACUCAAUAUGAAAUAAGCUAAUUUAACAGUGGCAAUAUCAAGGUAAUGCCCAGAACAAUUUGUAUUUAUAUUUUCAAGAGCAAUUAGAUGUACUAAAAUUGUGAAAAAGCACUUUCCGUUUUGCCAUAAACACUUGCGCCUCCGGUUCUGCUUUUGUGAUUGGUCAUUACUAUAUAGAGUAUUUUGACAUUAAAUCAUGUAAUUACCCCAUUUUUAAAAAGAAUAUUCUUCUGUUUACAUAGAAUAUUUAUUAUAACAUCAAAAAAUAUCUAACACAAAUGUCCCAAAUAUGUUUAUAUGCCAAUAAAUUUCUUCACCUAAAAUUGAGCCUAUCGAGAGAGAGGCCCCCCCAACAAGGGUUUGGGCGAGAAAGGUGCGAUGAAGAAAAAGCCUUACUCUCCUUCCGCUUUCUUCGUCUCUACGAGUUAGAUGUUCACAGGGUUGCUGUUGUAACAUAUGGGGGAAAAAAAUAAGUGCUGCUUAAUCACUGAAGAAGUAUGUAAUAGUGGUGAUCCCUAGUUUUUUAGCUUUACUUUUUUAUUCAAAGGGAAAGAAAUCUUUUACCUUCAAGUCGACCAUGUAGUAGCUA